UGUCAAGCAGCCCACCGGGAAAACUCCAGAUGGCAAGUCCGUUAUUGGCUCUGAGAGAAGAUGUCGCAACUGGACCCUAUAUAAAGUAUGUUUCUUUGUCGGUGACACACACACAACAACUUGACGUCAUAACAAAAUGGCAGCCUACUUGAGCCGGUUGCACCACAUUUCACUCCACGUUACAAACGUGGAUAAAAUAGCGUAUGAACUUGUUAAUAAUUUUAAGUUUAAUUUAUUUGUUGCGAGGCUGACGGAGAAGUCAAAACAGUUGGCUUUCAGAAAAGGAGCGGCAGUUUUCGUCGUCAAUGAAAGACCAAACAAGUCCCCUCUUGAAUUGAAUGGACUAACGCUAUCGAGCAAGAGAGGGAUUUCUCCUUCAGAAUCGGAACCGGGAUGGACUAACAACAUUCAAACGGGGAAAAAGAACGACAAGGAUCCGAAUUGUCUUUACGAUGUCCACCCACACUAUUCCGUCGAUACCGCGUCUAACGUCUGUUUCGAAGUAGAAGAUGUGGAAAGGUCAUUCAAGUCCCUUCGCAACAUUGGCUGCGAAUUCCUGGUGCCGCCGACGGAGGUGUGUGACGACAACGGGCUUGUCACCUAUUCAGUCGUCAAAUCAAUCAUGGGAAAUGUGAACCACACGCUCAUUGACACGAGUAAAUAUAAGGGCAGCUUCUUACCCGGGUUUCAGGAGGUUGAAAACGUAACGAAAAACGACACACCCGUGGCUAAGAGUACAGAGACUUGUCCAAUCACUCAUUUUGAUCACAUCACCUAUGCUUGUUCGAGACGGUGGACACCGCAAGUGAUGAGGUGGUAUGAGCGUCACUUUGGCUUCCAGAGGUUCUUCAUUGACAGGCAGGAACCAGGUGGACACCUUCCUGGAGCAGCACGGAGGCCCAGGGAUCCAGCACAUUGGAUUGUACACACAGGACAUAGUGUCCACAGCACAGACCAUGGGCCAGGCAGGCGUCCACUUCUUCUCUCCUCCACCUGCCUACUACACGGAGGUGGGUAAGCAGCAGGAGAUGGAGGACGCAGGUUACGACCCCCAGAUGCUGUCUCAGCACGGCAUCCUCCUGGACACAGACCUGCGCCAGGCCCAGACUGACUCCUCCUGUCAGACUACGGACACGAAGAAGAAAAGAUACCUGCUCCAGGUGUUCACCAAGCCCAUCUUCUCAGAGGACACUUUCUUCCUGGAGCUAAUAGAGAGGAGAGGUGCGUCYGGGUUCGGKGAGGGGAACAUCCAAGCCCUGUGGAGGUGUGUCCAGGCAUACAUGGACACAGAGAGGGCAGAGACUGAGGCACAAGGAGAGAACACAUCUCAACCACAGAACGUAACCCCAGAACCGAAGCACGGCCACAAUAACAAACCUUUCACAGCAGAACACUGCAGAACUCCUUCCUCCGCUGCUCUUUCGUCUCUGUGAGGCUACAAUACACUGAGUUUCCCGGGGAAGCUGUGAAGCGCCGGGGAAGCAUGAUUUGAAGGAUUGUGUUUAUGAGUCUGUUAUUAAAUGUGUAUAUUUAAUGCUUUUCAUUAAAUCAUGUAUGACUACAAA